GUUGUAGCACACACUGCCGCGGUAAGUUUGACUUUUAGUCUCGUGACAUUAGAUAAUACGAUAAGAUAGAGACGAACUUUGAUUUGAAAUUACUGACUAAUUGAUUGGUUAGAUCAAUACUUUUAGUUGUACAGUUUCGGUUAGCUGCUAAUUGAGCUGAGAAUAUACACGCAUGUCAUCGGGAGAUUUACUCAAACGGCGAAUAGACAUCACGACAACCCUUGUAUAUAUCCGUGUGGUUGCCUGCGGCGACCAGGUUGCCCAUUCUCGUAGUAUUACAGUAUCGUCAGCUAGUUUAAUAAUGAUCCCAAUCUCCCACUUUUGAGGGGGCCGCAAUAGAAAUCCUUGAGGAGAUGGCACAAAUUUUCCUCAAUUGAGGAAAACUACCAAUAUUCUUACGACUCUGAUGAGAACCCCAAAAUAGGAAGAUUGGGGUAUGUCUAAUUAGAACCUGAACUAUUGACAGAGGCGGUUGUAUGAUAAUCAUAUUCAGUACCUGUGUACAGGUUGCAAAGCCUUAGAAUGACUUUCUCCAGACAAAUGUAUUCGAUUAACCUAUUACGGACAGGUUGGCUGCAUUAUUAUGUUAGCAAUCGAUACUCAGUAGUUCCAGUCACUGGAUUAUCCGAAGCAUCAGUAGCUAGUGACCAGGAAUCUGAAACUAAUUCCAACAAACUUAAAUCCCUCAAUUUCUCCGUGAAUUCAGUUACGUUACUCGGGACUGUCAUCGGAAUAAAAACAUUCCCAAUGCAAAAAACUCCAGAUCGCAACUGGACUCUGAUAUUUUUGAAAACCCAAUCACCCAGAUAUAUAAAUGCUGAAAAUAAAUAUUUAACUGAGACUUCUGAUGCGGAUGAAUAUGAUUUGAAAUUUAAAAUGGUAUGGUACAGUACAUCGAAUAGAGUCCAUGUUUUCAGUCCUAAAUUGGUCUGCGCUCUUAGAGAUGUUAAACUUGGUGAACGUUUACUAGUCACUGGAUUUCUUUCUUAUUAUCAAUCACCUAAACCUGAUGGAACGACUCAAAGAAACUGCUGCGUCACGGCUCAGCGCAUCGCUCAUAUGGGUUGGUCUAGUGAUUAUCAACCCAGUGAGAACCUGGCGGAAGUUUUUGAAACAUAAAUUCUAGAAGAUUUAUCACUAUGUGUCUCACAACAUAUAUAUUUUAUCUUCCCAUUAAUGCCAUCACAUCCAUCCAGCAAUCAAAAACUAAACGGUUAAUAGAAUAUUCAACGAAGUAAAUACAUUCACAGUUCA